AUGUCAGAGUCAUCAGAAACACAACCUGGGGGGUUUAUCCGCCCGUGGCAGGGCACAGGCCUUGCCUCCCCAGCCCCAUCAACUGCUUCCAGCCAACAUGGUUUAACUUCACUGCCUCAUCCCCGAGGGAAAUCCCUCCAGCCUGGCUCGAACAAGGAGGACAUGGUACGGAGAUAUGUUGAAGACAAGCUUCUGCACACAUCUCGGCGAUACGUCAAGAAGUUCGGUGACCCAGAUGUCGGCGACAGCGUUGUCGGCUAUAAGAGCUUCAGCGAGGUCUGCCGCGAUCUGGACAGCAUUGUGAAUGUACUUUGGCUUUCCGGCACGCCGGGCUUGCAAAUUCCAUUCUUGCUCAAAUUGGCAAGUGAUUUCACGCAAUAUGUCCGGUCCUUCCCUGCGUCGCCAAGAGCUUCCUUUGAAAUCCUGGGGAAGUUGGAUCAUUGUUUUUCCAGUCUCUUGACGGGGCAGGAUAUUAUCUCCAAGGAACCCUUGCCCGGAUUCGAAAAUGGCUUACGAGCUGGGAUGAGUACUACCGACAUGGUUCGUUGUCGAAGCCUUGUUGAGCAGACUCGGGUUCUUAUGGUCGAAGUCAUGAGUAACGGUGAAGAUAUUGAGGAAGAGGAGGACGACGAAGAGGGAGAACAUGACACGACCGAUGACGACCUUGACCAGUCAAGAGCAUCCGACAGUGGCAUCCACACCGCCUCGUGGAACAUCGAUGAUGACAGGCUUCACUUGGACGCAGCCAGAAUCUAUGAGCACACCAUUGUGCAGCUGGGCGAGCGGUUGGGCGACCCGCUGGCAGCCAGGAACAUGUCCGAGAAUUAA